AUAUCAUGUUACUUGUAAAUUACUUUCAUACUCAUUAGUAGAAACCAUUUUGAAUAAUGAAGUGUGUGGAAUGAAUUUUGAUACAAACCCGUUGUCUUUAGAUCAAAAAUUCAAUCUUGAACAUAACUUGAAACAAAAACUUUUCUAUCGAAUGAUCUGUGAUAGAAACACAAAUGACGUCGGGAAUAAUGAAAUGAUAACACAAACCGUUUCAUCAAUGGCAGACAAUCAAAAUUAUAAUGAUAGUGAUUUUUCAAGCAAUGAACAUAUUACUCACCAAGAUACAAAUGGACUGCCAACAAGAAGAUUUCAAUAAUUUUAAGCUUCAACAAAAUAAUUUCAUAUAAAUUCGUAUUACGUCGGUAUUAUAAGCACAAUAUAUAAUUGGCUUUUGCUAAAAUCAUUAAGUAAAAUUAUGGUAGGAAAAAAUUGGCAUAGAUUAAAAGAAAAAUAUUUUCCAAUUCUUUUAACCCAUUUUAACGCUGAUUAUUAUAACCGAAUUUCUUUUUUUAACUACGUUUUUUUUCGUUGUCAUCAUACAUGAGGAAUCACAAACUGAAUUUCAUCGUAAUGUACUAGUAAAUAUUUCUCGAGUGUUGUUAU